AUGCAGUUUAAAUCCUCUCAAACUACGUGUCUCAUUUUAAUUUUGGGACUUUUUUCAGCGUUCAGUCAUUCCCUUCCAACAAAGAACAGCCAGCAUGCGCGACACAUACCGCGUCAGGACAUCAAAACACCCCUUGGCCUCGACGUGAGCGAUCUUGAUCUCUCAGAUAUCUCACCAAUCGAGGAUGGAUGGCUUGAACUAGACAACGACGAUGGAGAUGGAAAUGAUCUCGGAUCGAGCUCCGUGUCGAAUGCCAAUGGAUAUCUGGGCUCGAUCGGCUCCGGCCAAGCCGCCCAGAACGGAGAUUCGUUGGAAGGCAGCAGUGCAGCGUGCAGCUUGACAGGAUGCGUGACAUCGGCGGCUGCAAGCAACGCCAACAAAACCAGCACAAGUUCCACGAGCUCUGGGGGGAGAGCUCGUCGACAACAUUGUACAUAUAACAAGAUCUAUCACAACUACACUAUCAAUAUUAUUGAUGCUAUGACCGUCGCCAUGAUCGAAAACCCAUUAGCCAUCGCUUCGGUUUCCCUAGGGCAGCACCCAUCCCAUGCGCUGCCCGAAAAAAUCGCCGCCGCCGUAGCCAACGAUUUCUCUGCUGUGGAAAUUGUAUAUGCAGACCUUGCAGCAUAUGCUGCCUCACAGGGUCGUCUGUCAACAUUGGAAGAUGCAGCCAGAGAAAUUGGGGACCUGUGCGCUACACAAAAUAUAUCUAUUCUUUCUCUGAAUCCUUUCAAGAAUUUCGAAGGACAUCGUUCGCCUUUGGAGGACCGACUCAAGACAGCGCGGCACUGGAUUGAAAUCGCGCAUUUACUAAAGGCAAAAUACGUCCAGGUACCGUCUCAGUUUGACCGAGAUGACAGCUGCGGAAAUGAAGAUGUUAUGGUUUCGGAGCUUCAAGGGCUAGCAGACCUGGCAGCGGAAAUUGCGCCGCAAGUUGGUAUCGCUUACGAGGCCGUGGCCUGGGGAUGUUAUGUCGAUACUUGGCAAGAUUCACUACGUAUUGUCCAGUGUGUAGAUAGACCAAACUUUGGUCUGUGUCUUGACUCUUUCCAUGUUGCUGCGCGGCUUUGGGGGGAUAAUACCGCUGAAUCUGGCAAAAAAGAAGGCGAUGUUCAGGGAAUUUUGGGGGCGUCAUUGACGGAAUUCGUGAAUAAUUGUCCCAUGGACAGAAUAUUCUACAUGCAACUAUCAGAUGGAGAGAGAUACGCGCCUCCGUUGAGCCCUGAGCACAAAUUCUACGAUUCCACAUUUCCGCCGGCACUCACCUGGUCGAGACAUACAAGACCGUUUCCCUUGGAAGUAGAGAUGGGUGGCUAUAUGCCGGUUUUGGAUAUUGCAAAGGCCUGGUUGGUGGAUAAAAAGUGGAAGGGGUACGUCUCUUUUGAAAUAUUUGACUGGAGAAUGAGGGACGAAGAAAAUGGACCAGUGUUGAAUGCACAGCGAGGGCGUCGAUCCUGGGAAAAACUGAUUGCUGCAAUACAGUAA